AUGGCGUCCUUCUGGAACUCAAUAACAGGGAACAAGCCCGACUCCAAAUCUUCCUCGCAAGCUCCUUCGCAGCAACAAACCUCGGCGCCGGCCUCGACCCAGAACCCAUUAUUCGACUCAUCACAACCCCAAGGCGUCGAUGCAUUUCUCGGCAGCUCCGCCUUCACUGACCCGUCAGCGCUGCACCCGCUAGCUGGCCUUAACAAGGAUGCGCUGGAGUACAUCACCCUCGAGGACUCAACUCUGUCCGACCUGCCCGGCUCGCAAUCCGUCAUACCCUCUCGAGGCUGGUCUGACGACCUCUGUUACGGCACCGGAAUCACGUAUUUGGCCGCGCUCACCGUCGGUGGUGCCUGGGGUGCGCAGGAGGGCCUGCGUAGGUCGGUCGGCCAGCCGCCCAAGCUGCGUCUCAACUCAGUCCUGAACGCCGUCACCAGGCGAGGACCUUUCCUCGGAAACUCGGGUGGUGUUGUUGCUAUCAUUUACAACUUGACCAACUCGUACAUUGGCUACCUCCGAGGCAAGCACGAUGCUGCCAAUUCGAUCAUCGCCGGCACGCUGAGCGGCAUGCUGUUCAAGAGCACCAGGGGACUGCGGCCGAUGAUGGUUUCCGGCGCUAUCGUCGGUUCCGUUGCGGGAGUGUGGGCCCUGGCACGGAAGACCUUCGAGAAGGGGUCUGAGGAGCAAGUUGCACACUAA